AUGGAUCCGAACCCGCAUCUGUGUCGGUUUCGUCAACAACCCGAAACCGAGUCACCCGUCUCUUCUCGCCGGCGCCAGUGGCGAAAGCCCGAAACUGAAGCCGAAGCCAGAAAAGCAAAAUCAAAUAAUGGAAGAGAGAUCGUGGUGCGCUUGGGGGAGGCUUUGUCUCUGGGCUUCCCUCUCUGCGUGGGGUCCGCUUGCGGAGUUGCGCUCUGGAGGCCGUCAACUUUUCUUUGGGUCUCAAGAGAGUUGCAGAUUGCCGGGCUCACUGUCACCAUGCUCGGGAUGGGAAUGACGCUGAAGCUUGAAGACCUGAGAGCUGCACUGUUGAUGCCCAAGCAGUUGGCCGCUGGUGUUUUUCUCCAGUACACGGUGAUGCCAUUAUCAGGAUAUUUCAUUAGCAAGUUGUUAAAGCUGCCUUCCUAUUAUGCUGCUGGCCUGAUACUGGUUUCCUGCUGUCCUGGAGGCACAUCAAGUAAUCUUGUUACAUAUCUCGCACGAGGAAAUGUAGCUCUCUCUGUGCUUAUGACAGCAACCAGCACCUUAGCUGCUGCAGUAAUGACGGCGUUUUUGACUUCUAAACUUGCUGGACAGUUUGUUGCGGUUGACCCUAUCGGUCUCUUUAAGUCCACAGUGCAGGCUGUGCUUGCACCUGUACUAAUAGGCGCAACCUUAAACCAAUACUGUAACAAUUUGGUUGAGGUAGUUUCUCCUCUUAUGCCGGUCAUAGCAGUUUUGAGUGUUUCCACUCUGGGUGGGGGUGCCAUUGCUCAGAAUGCCUCAGCUCUCUUAACUUCCGGCUUCCAAGUAUUGGUUGCUUCGUUUUCUCUCCAUGCUUCUGGGUUUUUCUUUGGCUACUUGUUUUCGAGGAUGCUAGGGAUUGAUGUUUCUUCUUGUCGCACAAUCUCAAUAGAGGUUGGAAUGCAGAAUGCGACUUUAGGGUUAGUGCUUGCAAGCCAGCACUUUGGGAGUCCUCUGACUGCAGUCCCUUGUGCUGUUUCAGGCAUCUGCCACUUGAUUUAUGGCAGUGUUUUAGCUGGAAUCUGGCGAUGUAUGCCUUCAACCAAAGAUGAGAAGGGUUGUGUAUGAGAUAAUGAGAACUUGUCAUAUCGUUCUCAUCCAGAACAAUGAACUUGUAGCUUGGAUUCCUAUGUCCCAUAGAUGGCUUGAAAUAAAUGCAGGAGACAAUCUAUUGUGAACUCAAGAGCUCAGAGGAAAAGCUGGCUGGAUUACUGUUAUGAUUAACAGUAAUCCAUCCUUUCUCAAAAAAAAAGAGCUCGGAGGAAAAGAAAACGUACUCAAGAGCUUGAAGGAAAGAAAACGUUCUUUUUUAA